AGCCCUAGGCCCGGCUCUGAUAGGGAGCGGCCCGGCUAUUUAAUGAGUGACAGCUGAACACUCCGCUCACACGGGCGCUCUUUAGAAGCCGGUUUGAACCUGUUAGCGUGAGGCUGCUGCUGGCUGCAGGGAGGCGCUGCACUGAUAUUGCUGGGUGGUUUCACUCUUCUGAUCUCUGCCAGAUAGCUUCAUACUGAGGCCAUGAUGUUCUUUUAACAGCAGCUCAAGUCUCUGUGCCUGGGGGUGUGUGGCAGUGGAAUGCAUUUGCAAUAGUUCAGAUGGAUCAACAUUAAAUACUAGACUAAAAGCGGAGUGAAGCCAGAAUCAAAAUGACUAAGUGCAAACUUGUUCUGUUAAGACAUGGGGAAGGAGCCUGGAACAAAGAGAACCGCUUUUGCAGCUGGGUGGAUCAGAAGCUGAGCAGCGAUGGGAUAAAGGAAGCUCGGAACUGUGGGAAACACCUCAAAGCACUAGGUUUUCAGUUUGACCAUGUGUUUACAUCCAUCCUAAGCCGUUCUAUUCAGACUGCUUGGCUGGUGUUAGAAGAGAUGGGGCAAGAAUGGGUUCCCACCCAAAGUUCAUGGCGUCUGAACGAACGCCACUAUGGUGCACUGAUAGGUCUCAACAGAGCCGAAAUGGCUCUGAACCAUGGUGAAGAGCAAGUGAAAAUAUGGAGAAGAAGCUAUGAUGUUACUCCACCUCCCAUAACUGCAUCUCAUCCUUACUACAAAGAGAUCUAUAAUGAUCGCAGAUAUAAAUGCUGUGAUGUGUCACAGGAUAAACUCCCAAAGGCUGAAAGCUUAAAAGAAGUUCUGGAGAGACUCCUUCCCUAUUGGAAUGAAAAGAUAGCACCAGAACUGAAAAGCGGCAAAAUGGUCCUCAUAUCUGCUCAUGGAAACAGCACUAGGGCACUGCUCAAGCAUCUGGAAGGCAUCUCCGAUGAGGAUAUUGUUAAUGUUACCCUCCCUACUGGCGUGCCUGUGCUCCUUGAACUCGAUGAGCAUCUGCGUCCUCUUAGCCGUCACCAGUUUCUAGGUGAUCAAGAGGCUAUCCAAGCUGCCAUCAGAAAAGUGGAAGAUCAAGGGAAAGUCAAACCUGUUGAGAAGAAAUAAUGCUUCUGGAUGCUGCCCCCACUCCCUUGGCCUGAUCCAAACCUUUGAAAUUCUCCACUUCCACCACUCUGUGGCGUUCCAGAUAAGGGCCAGAGAGUGGUCUCCACUGAACUCUACAAACAUUUUUGCAAGCGAGAUUCCCAUGCUGGUCCCAAAUUAACUCCUUGCAAGAGCAGUACUGAAGAGAUUGUAAUGGUAAGUAGUGUAUGUAUGUGUAGUGCCACUCCAAGAAAUACAGCUGUUUCAUCGUGUGAUCCUGUAAACAGUAAAGAAAGUUAAAAUUUACUUCAGAGUUUGUUCCUGUGAACCUCUUAUCACAACUACCUACUACAGUGUGUGGUGUCUUAAUUUCCUUUUUAAAAACAACCCAAAAAACCUCAACUUGGGUUUUUUUUACAGGCACUCGUCAGGAAAUUCCACGUUAUGAGGCCUUACUCUCAUUUCUCUUGCACUGGUGUAAAACUGCUGUAGUUUAAAUCUGAAUCCAUCCCAGUAACUGAACUCCUUCUGUGGUCCCAAUUCUGCCCUCCGAUGCACAGAGCUCCCGCUGAUUUCCAUGGAAAUGGCAUGUGCCUAUCUGAAGGCAGAAUUUGGCCCUUUGUAUGUUCAGUGCAGCCAAGCUAUGACUGCCGAGGGAACAACUAUGAAUUCCCUGAGUGCAAUGCCUGUAAAAAAUCUCUCAUAUAGCUGUUUGCAGUGAGUGGCUUGUUUAACUGGAUUUUUAUAGGGUCAAGAAAAUGACCGCCCCCUGGCAAGUUGAGCAGCCUUGCACUUCUUUAGCGCUCUGAUUUCCAGAGUGUAGUAGUAGCUUGUCACUAAAGCAUGCUGAUUGUAACGGACAUAUUGCUGGGUAUCUUUGGACUCUUGGAUUUUUUUGUUUAUAUUGCACUAGCAAAAGGGGGCUGGUGGCAGUCUCUCCUGGUGUUUUUUUUUUAAAGAUAAAGUUUCUCUUUCUAAAAUACAAAGUCAUAGUUUACUUUAAUCCGCAAACGUAUUGUGCACUAGAUGAGAACCUCUAUGCAAUCACCUAUACUUGUGACAUUGGUAAGGAACCUACAGCCUGGUAUUUGGGGUUUUUUGUAUAUAUUCAUCUGUAUAUGGUGUUUGAGUCAAAAAUGAUCUCCUCCUCCACAGUAGCAUCAGUACGUUGGCUGCCGAUCGGUGAACAUUCACUUUCCAGAGCCAUACUGAAGAGCCCCAUCACUAACAUGGCUUUCUCUUCGGUGUGACAGCUGACACUAGCACUGGUAAAGAUGUUCAUGAAGCAGCACUACUACAGAUUUCAGCAGGAGUGGAGUCCCUCAUCUGUGUGGUUUGAGAUGUUCUUAGAUGCCUGAACGUGGUAGGGGGGAGGGAGUGAAAAGAAAUAUAGGAAAUCUAGUAUUUUUUUUGUAGACUAUAAUUAGUAUAGUUUUGCAACCAAGGCUACCAGCACCACAUGAUGUUCUCCGCUAUAUACACGUAACUCCCAUUGACCACACUGGGAUUCAUGGACGUGUAGCUGAGGCGAGAGCAUGGUUUUCAGCUGGUUAUGAUACUGCAAUGCCAAAGCAGUGGAACAUAGGAAUUUUGGGGAACUUGAGAUGCUGCAGCUACAGUGUAACGCUUGAAUGCUGAUAAAUAAGCCAAACUGCGCAGGCAUUUCACAUAACACAAAGGCAGGGCUAGAUAGCCGUGUCUCGUGCUCUCACGCAGAAGGGAAAGGAGCACUGAUCUUAGGAACACCUGGCCUUUAAGUAGACGGGUUGGAGGGAAAGUGCUGAGUAAAUGUUCAGAAGCCCUAGGUUCAGCAGCCAGUUGAGUGGGGCAAAUCAAAAAUGGUUUCAAAUGGAACUGGUUUUUUUGCAAUGCUCUUAACUCACUUGGCAGUGGGAGUGCAGCAGGAAGUUGGACUGCAGUUGUUUGGGCUGAGACUCUAUUUGAUGACAAAGCAGCUCACCAAGGUUCAAUACCCAUGCUCUUCAGCGCUGCCAGUGCAGAGAGCAACAGACUGAGACCUUCAUCUUCUCCUGGGGGCUAUAAAAUGCCCCUCAAUAGGGAUCAGAAUUGGAGGCCCAAGCCAGGAGUUUCAGUGCUGGUAAGUGGUCAGGUCUCUUGGCAUCCCUUGUAACUAAUUAUUGACACACAAUGGGGAGGGGAGGUGUACUUGAGGACCGAAGCCAGCAUUCAUGGGGAAGGGGGCCUGAUCUACAGGCUCUGUUAUUUUACAGCAAAGGGAUGGAUGAGAAGCAGGCCAGUGAUCCUUCAGUCCAUGAUUAUAAGAUACAUUUUCCCUUGAUCUUGAGUGAGCUUCAGAGCUCCACAAAUAAUAUAACAUUUCCACAGCUGGUGACAUAGGCAUGGUUGGUUUGCUUAUGUGUUUGAAAUGUGUGGUUUGUUGUGUGAUCCUGUUGAACUUCUUGUAAAUAUUUACUUGUAGAGCUGGCAAGUUCUUUAAAAUUCAAUAAACCACCUGAAAUGCAACU